CCAUGCAAGAAAGCAUACGUUUUGCUUCAUCAGGAGAUGACAUUAAAAUUUGGGAUUCCUCAUCUCUAACUGUGGUGGAGCAGUUCAACCCACACACAACCACACAUCCAGUCAGCUCACUCUGUUGGGCCAGCAAUAAUAGAUACCUGGCCACUGCUUCUGCUGCUGGUGAUAAAAUAGUUGUUUCAAGCUGUAAAAGCAAACUUGUUCCACUCUUUGAAAUAGCUGAAGGAGCAAACCAGACAUGUGUAAGCUUAAAUUCUAGUUCUUCAUAUAUUGUAAGUGGAGGCCUUGAUAACACAGUUAAUAUCUGGGAUCUGAAAUCCAGAAAGGUUUACCGUAGCCUUAAGGAUCAUAAAGAUGAAGUCACAUGUGUUACAUAUAAUUGGAAUGAUGGCUACAUCGCCUCUGGGUCUUUGAGUGGUGAAAUUAUCCUACACAGUGUUACCACCAAUUUAUCAAGUACUCCCUUUGGUUAUGGAAGCCGUCAGCCUGUUCGACACUUGAAAUAUUCAUCCUUUAAGAAAUCCUUGCUGGGCAGCGUUUCUGACAGUGGAAAUGUAACUCUAUGGGAUGUAAAUAACCAGAACCCAUAUCAUAAUUUUGAAAAUGCUCAUAAAGCGCCAGCUUCAGAAAUCUGCUUUUCUCCAGUCAAUAAGCUGCUGCUUGUAACUGUAGGUUUGGAUAAAAGAAUUAUUCUCUAUGACACUUCAAGUAAAAAGUUACUGACAACAAUAGUAGCUGAUUUUCCUCUGACAACGGUAGACUUCAUGCUUGAUGGUACUACUUUGGCUAUAGGAUGUUCCCGGGGAAAAAUCUGCCAGUAUGACUUAAGGCAACUGACAUCACCAGUGAAAACAGUUAUUGCUCACAAAGGCUGUGUGAAAUGCAUACGUCUUCAGUUCAGUAGUACUUUUUCCAAGUCUAACCUUACAGGUUCUUCAAAUAAGCCUGUAUCCAAAAAAGUAGAAGUCAAAGCUGGUAGUAAUCUUGGAGGAGUUCAAACUACUGGCAUAAAAAAUGUUUCCUCUCAAGCAUCAGCAGCAGUUUCAUCCCCUCUGGCAUUGCCAAAUGACGAUAAGGGAGGAGAGAUUCUUCAGGAGAAAACAGGUUUUCCACAUAGUUGCAGCUUGGAUGUGAUUCCAUCUAAAGAAACAGAUCAUGGGAAGAGCGCUGAUAAUAUUAAUGUCAGUCGAAGUAGUUUAGGAGAUGUGUUUUCUCCAAUCAGAGAUGAUACUACUGCAAACAAAGUGAAUGAAGAUCCUCAAGGAAAAGGAGAUGGUGUGGAUUUUCAGUCUUACAUUUUGGGUGUGGAUUUUCUCCCACAUCUCACCACUGCCUUUCCAGCAAAAAGAAACCCAGUGGGCAGUAGUGCACAGGGAAUACGGUCCAGCCCAUUACAUGCACUUGUGGGGUCUACAAUUAAAGAAGAGGAAGAACAUCCAGAGACAGACACAAAGAAAAUAAGUCUUGGAAAACAAGAAUCUAAAGAAGUCUUAAAGCUGCUUUCAAAAUCGAGUUCAUCAAGUGCAGAAUCUGUAACUUUAAGUUCUCCACCAUCAUUCACUGCUGUAAAGACUCCUGAUACAAAUGAAAGACUAGUGAAGAAUAUUCAGGCCCAUCCUGCGUAUGAUCUACCAGUAAACGGUACUACCUCAACAAGUCCAAAGAUAACAUCACCUGUCGCCGCUGGAGUUGCAAGUUCAUUAUCAGAAAAAAUAGUAGAAAACAUUGGAAGUAGCAGACCAAAUGCACCUCUGACAUCAUUCCAAAUAAACUUCAUUCAGAAUAUGAUACAAGAAACAAUGGAUGACCUCAGAGAAGCAUGCCAUCGAGAUAUUGUGAAUUUACAAGUGGAGAUGAUCAAGCAAUUCCAUGUGCAGUUGAAUGAAAUGCACGCUUUACUUGAAAGAUACUCUGUAAAUGAAAGCUUAGUAGCUGAAAUUGAGAGACUACGAGAGGAAAACAGAAGACUGAGGACUCAUUUCUGAAAGAUUCACACUGCUAAUUUUAUUAGCAUGAACUC